AAUAUUGCCAUCUCCCUCGUAAGACGUGUUGACCGGGAAAAAAUCAAACGAAGCCAGCAAUUGAAUUUCAGCCGCGAUCCACACAACAAGUACGGAGCUUAAAAAUAGUGAGUAAUAGAAGAGUCUGUGCGAGCGUAUUUAAAACGAGGAAACAAAUUCCAACGCUCCCGUGACGCAAAAUGCUGUAGAAAUUGAAAGUCAAAUGAAUUCUGUACAAAACUGUGUGUGUGCGUGUAAUUCAAGCGUCAAUUUUUUGAUGAUAAAAUUUGCCUUCGCUUAUACAUGUGUGCGUCGUUGAGCAUAUGAGCCUGUGAUAGUGUGUGUUGGUGUGAGCGCCGAGCAUAAGAAAAACAACAACAGCGACGCUUAGCGAAAGAGAGGAACAAAGAGAAGGCGAGACAAGACUCCAUCUUAGCAGACGAAGAAAGGAACAAAAAGGAGCACACGAUGGCCAGUUUCCAUAUCCACCAAGACAUUAGCAACAAGGAGAAUCCGGGCGUUACGAUUCCGGCCGGAGUGAAAAACGCCAAGCAACCGCUGGGUGUAAUCGCUGCGAAAUCGGAGAAAAAUGCGCUUGCGCCGCGGGCGAAUUUCGCCGUGCUCAAUGGCAACAACAAGCCGCGUCCGACCGGGAAAGUGCAGGUCUUCCGUGACGUAAGGAACCUCAAUGUCGAUGAAAACGUGGAAUAUGCCGCCAAGAAAUCAAAUGUGGUGCCCGUGGUGGAGCAGUUCAAGACCUUCUCCGUAUACGAGGAUAACUGCGACACUCAGGUGGCGCCACCCGGCAAAUCAUUGGCCUCCAUGGCCGAUAAAGAAAACCAAUACGCCGUAAAGAUCGAUGGGGUGGAAAAGGAGUUAGUUGACUGCGAUCUGGAUGGCACGCCCAUGUCCGUCACGGAUUUAAUGUCACCCAUGUCCGUGGAUCGCUCGGUUCUUGGUAGCAUACAGCCAACCGACGACAUCGCAUCGGGGGCCACGCCAGGUGAACAAGUCAAGGAGCUGCCACCACGCAAUGAUCGCGAACGGUUCUUCGAAGUGGUCCAGUACCAAAUGGAUAUACUCCAGAAUUUCCGGGAGAGCGAGGUAAGUCCGUCAGACUUUUAUUUUAAAUGCCAUUCUGUUAAAGACCCUUAAAACUAUUUUGGA